CCGUUUGUCCGGGCUGGAGGGGCGAGUGGGCGCCAUUUUCUUCUAGGCUCACUGAGGGCUCUACGUGUUCUGGGGAGGCUGCUGCGACGAGGAGCGCCCUCAGCCCCCGGUCUUGUGUGUCCGGCUCGGCAGCAGUGCUUCCGUGUGGUGGUGUGUGUGCGCUUCCCAGUGAUCUUGAGAGUGAAGAUCUCGGAGGAUUUCAUAGGAAAACAAACCUUGCAGACCUCAGUGAAUGUCUUCGGACCCCACUUUGUGGAACAGUAGUACUUCAGUGUAAGUACUGGAUUAAAGCAACAUUUACUUGCACUUUAAAAACAUGUAUAUUAUAAUUAUUAAUUUGGCAGGUCUUAAAAACUUACUUGGUAAGACUUCAUUAAAUCCUGUUAGUUUGGGUAUCUCUGAAAGUAUUAGAUGCAAGUUUCCUUAUAAAAAUACUACAUUGAGAUUUUUCAGUAAACUGGUAAUCCCAAUAUUCCAGAUCAAUGAAAUUUUAUUGUAUUUUUACUUUUCUACAUUGUCAUUUAGGUUUCCUCAAUAGAGCGCAGGAUAGUUGUUUGAAAUGGAAUAAGGCUGUUGGCAUAAUACAAUUCUAUAUCUCAGCAUUUUCUGUUUGGCUUGAGAUGGAUUUUAAUAGCUACUGUUUUAGGAGAAUGAGAUAUGUAGUACUGAGAUUUUUGGUUUUAGGGAUAUUGUAGUAGUUGCCUUAAUUAUAUUGGAGUCAUGAAAUUUGUUUCCAUGUUUGGAAGUGUGAGUUGUAUAUGUAGAACUUUAAAUUGUAUCUGUUUGGUAGCCAUAGGUUUGGAUUUAUUGCUUUAAAAAUUGAUUUUUGAAUUUUAAGCUUUGCUGUUUUCUUCAUUUAUUGUAUCAUUUUGAAUGGUUGUUAUAUUUACUUGAUUUGGUCUUAAUGUUUUGAAAGGGAGAAUAGCAAGAUAAUUGGAUGGCAAAGUGAUUGAAGGUCUUUUUUUUUUUUUUGAAUUUUUAUUAUUAAAUUGACAUUUUACUUGUAGAACAGUUUUUUUUAAAGUGGAUGUAAAAAUUCCAGACAGCAAAGUGCAUAGACCUUAAAGGAUAGAAUUCACUGAACCUUGACAAAUAUAUACAUUCAUGUAUCCAGCACUGUAUUCAAUAUAUGUAACAUUUCCCUGACUGGUUCUACUUCUAAUUAAGGAGUAGUUUAAUUUUUAGCAAAUGUUUUAUUUUGUUAUCAUGUUUACUUGGAUAUCACACCUCUUUUUUGCAGAAGGAUGAUUAGUUUCCCCUUAGAACAAAGAAGACCAUUUUGUAAUGGCCUAAUUGUGGUUCCUUAUAUUGCUUCACUUUUGAUAGGUAAUUCUGAAAUGGAUAUCCUAAUCUGGCAUUAAGAUAAAUUAUAGGGUUCAAGGAUUAAUUGUAUUUCAUUUUCUUUCCACAGUUAAGUUGCUUUUACAGAAUUAACAGGUCUCCAAGAAAUAAAAAAAAAAAAAAAAAGGUAAGAUAUCUAGAGUUUAAGGUUUUUCACAGAGGCUUAACAGAAAACCCUAUACAACAGAAUAAUACUUUUAGGUACCCAGAGCUUCUGUUCUUUAUGUCUGGCCAGGGAUACACUAGUGGUAGGCAUUUUAUCAUCAUGAGCAGCAGUUGUAUACUAAUCAUAGAUGGCUUUUCUAAAUAUGUAAAAUUCAUUGUAGUUGGUAAAAUACUUUAGUUCACAAAGGUCUCUCAUGUUUCAGUAGAAGAUAAUGUUUUUAAAUUAGUCUGAAAGUAGUUUGGUUUUGUUGUGAAGCAGCAUUUGGCAUACUUACAAAGGAAGAUUUGAUAUUUUUGAUGUUCUUCAUUUAAAGAAUAGGAAAUAUCAUCAAGGUAGUUGGUUUAUUUGUAUGUUUAGAUGGGAGAAAGUUUAUUCUUUGUUAUCUUUAAUAAUUAGAUAUGAUCAAUAUUUUUGUGAACUUGUAUCUUGUUUUCAUUUAUAAAUGCUGAAGGAAGCAGGAACCAGGUAAUUGUUAAGUUUGUUUGGGCUAAGGUACGUAAAAAAUAAGACUUGCUAUUAUGUGUACCUUUUUGUCUGCAGGUCAUUAUUGCUGUGGUUUGAGCUCAGCAUGGCUGUAGUCAUCCGUUUACUUGGGCUUCCUUUUAUUGCGGGGCCUGUGGAUAUUCGUCACUUCUUCACGGGAUUGACUAUUCCUGAUGGAGGAGUGCAUAUAAUUGGAGGGGAAAUUGGGGAGGCUUUUAUUAUUUUUGCAACAGAUGAAGAUGCAAGACGUGCCAUAAGCCGUUCAGGAGGGUUUAUCAAGGAUUCAUCUGUAGAGCUCUUUCUUAGUAGCAAGGCAGAAAUGCAGAAGAUUAUAGAAAUGAAAAGAACUGAUCGUGUGGGAAGAGGGCGACCAGGAUCUGGGGCAUCAGGGGUUGGCAGCCUAUCUAAUUUUACUGAGGCAAUUAAGGAAGAAGCAAGUAAUUCUGGAUAUGGCUCUUCGAUGAAUCAAGAUGCUGGGUUUCAUACUAAUGGUACAGGACGUGGUAAUUUAAGGCCAAGAAAGACAAGGCCAUUGAAGGCUGAGAAUCCUUACUUGUUUCUACGAGGUUUGCCUUACUUAGUCAAUGAAGAUGAUGUACGUGUCUUUUUCGCUGGUUUGUGUGUGGAUGGAGUAAUUUUCCUAAAACAUCAUGAUGGCCGAAAUAAUGGCGACGCCAUAGUAAAAUUUGCUUCAUGUAUUGAUGCUUCAGGAGGUCUUAAAUGUCAUAGAAGUUUUAUGGGUUCGCGAUUUAUAGAAGUAAUGCAAGGAUCAGAACAACAGUGGAUUGAGUUUGGUGGUAAUGCAGUUAAGGAAGGUGAUGUUCCUAUGAGAUCUGAAGAACGUUCUCCACCAAGAGGAAUUAAUGAUAGACAUUUUCGAAAAUGGUCUCAUUCAAAAUCUCCAAGAAGAACACGUUCUCGUUCCCCUCUUGGAUUUUAUGUUCACUUAAAAAAUCUGUCCCUAAGUAUUAAUAAAAGAGAUUUAAGAAAUUUCUUUAGAGAUACUGAUCUGACUAAUGAACAGAUUAGGUUUUUAUAUAAAGAUGAAAGAAGAACAAGAUAUGCCUUUGUGAUGUUCAAGACUCUGAAAGACUAUAAUACUGCUCUGGGUUUACAUAAGACUGUUUUACAAUAUCGUCCAGUUCAUAUUGAUCCAGUUUCUAGAAAACAGAUGCUGAAAUUCAUUGAAUGUUAUGAAAAGAAGAAACCAGGGUCAAUAGAGAAAGAGAGGCCUGGACAUGUUACACAAAAAUACUCUCAAGAAGGCCACUCUGGCCAGAAGCUGUGCAUAUAUAUAAGAAAUUUUCCAUUUGAUGUUACAAAAGUUGAAGUGCAGAAGUUCUUUGCAGACUUUUCUCUUGCUGAAAAUGACAUUUACUUGCUUUAUGAUGACAAAGGAGUUGGUCUGGGAGAAGCAUUGGUGAAAUUUAAAUCAGAAGAACAGGCUGUGAAAGCCGAACGUUUAAACCGUCGAAGAUUCUUAGGGACAGAGGUAUUAUUAAGACUUAUAUCUGAGGCACAAAUGCAGGAGUUUGGUGUAAAUUUUUCCUUGAUGUCCAGUGAGAAAAUUCAAGUUCAUUCACAGUCAUGUGAUAGAGAUGACCAUUCCCAUGUAUUUAACUCAAAAGAUGCACCAGCAUACUCAGUUGGCCCUUCUGAAAACUUUAGACAUCAGCUAGACGACUUGAGGCAAGUGGAUAACUUCAAGCAUCCCCAAGGGGAUUUCCGACAGCCAGAUAGGCGCCCUCCAGAAGACUUCAGGCACUCUUCAGAAGAUUUCAGGUUCCCCCCAGAGGAGUUCAGGCGCUCUCCAGAGGAGUUCAGGCGCCCCCCAGAGGACUUCAGGCGCCCCCCAGAGGACUUCAGGCGCCCUCGGAAGGAGCACUUCAGGAGGCCUUCUGAGGAGGACUUCCGCCGCCCAUGGGAAGAGGACUUCAGGCACCCCCCAGAGGAUGACUUCAGGCACUCUAGGGAGGAGGACUGGAGGUGGCCUCAUGAGGAGGAUUGGAGGCGGCCAUUGAAGGAGGAUUUCAGGCGGUCUCCCAAGGGGGACUUCAGGCAGCUUCCUGAAGAGGACUUCAGGCAACCCUCUGAAGAAGACUUCAGGUGGCCUGCGGAAGGAGAUUUCAGACGGCCACCUGAAGAGGACUGGAGACGGCCACCUGAGGUGGACUCGAGGCGGCCACCUGAGGUGGACUCGAGGCGGCCACCCGAGGAAGACUUCCGGAGGCCCUCAGAAGAGGAUUUCAGGCAUUCCCCUGAGGAAGACUACAGGCAUUUGCCCCAGGAGCAUUUCAGACGGCCAUCCCAGGAGCACUUCCGGCGGCGGCCCCCAGAGUAUUUCAGGCGACCACCUCCGGAGCACUUCAGGCGGCCGCCCCCGGAGCACUUUAGACGGCCACCCCCGGAGCAUUUCAGGCGUCCACCCCAGGAGCAUCUCAGGCGCCCGCCCCAAGAGCAUUUCAGGCGUCCACUGCAGGAGCAUUUCAGGCGCUCCCGAGAGGAAGAGUUCAGGCACCCACCAGAUGAAGACUUCAGGGGCCCUCCUGAUGAAGACUUUAGGCACCCUCCGGAUAAGGACUUAAGAAGCCCCCAGGAGGAAGAUUUUAGAUGCCCUUCUGAUGAGGACUUCAGGCAGCUCCCUGAGGAAGACCUUAGGGAAGCUCCAGAGGAGGACCCUAGACUUCCCGACAAUUUUAGACCUCCUGGUGAGGAUUUUAGGAGCCCGCCUGAUGAUUUUAGAAGUCAUCGCCCUUUUGUGAAUUUUGGUCGCCCAGAAGGUGGCAAGUUUGAUUUUGGAAAGCAUAAUAUGGGAGGUUUUCCUGAGGGGAGAUUUAUUCCUGAUCCAAAGUUAAAUUGUGGUUCAGGUAGAGUAACUCCUAUUAAGAUAAUGAAUCUUCCAUUUAAAGCUAAUGUUAAUGAAAUUUUAGACUUUUUCCAUGGUUAUAGAAUCAUACCCGAUUCAGUUUCGAUACAGUAUAAUGAGCAAGGAUUACCUACAGGGGAAGCCAUUGUUGCUAUGAUAAACUAUAAUGAAGCUAUGGCUGCUAUUAAAGAUCUAAAUGAUAGGCCAGUUGGCCCCAGAAAAGUUAAGUUAAUUUUGCUCUAGAGAGCAUUUCUGAAUUCAGAGUUAAUCUUCCUCCCACAGUAUUGAUGCAGUAAAAUACAUUUGUUUUUUAAGUGUUUAUUUUUAAUUAUCUAAUGAAAAGAAAUACUUUAAUUUUGACCUGUGAAUAGAACAAAUGUAAAUUGUAGAAUGUGAAUCUGGUUUUCUUCUGCUUGCAAAUUGAUGUUCAUUUUUUCUAAUUUAAAAUUAUAUAUGCUUUUUUUUUAAAUUCCCUGACAAGAAAGAACUAAUUCCGUGAGUUCAUUAAUUUUUGUUGAUGUCAUGGUUAAACCUCAAGACUUACAUAAAGUAGAGUUGUAUUAUUUGGGGAAGAUAAAUUUUAUAUUUACUUUUAUUUCAUUCUGUAGUCUAUAUCUUUUACUCAAACUGUAUAAGGAAAUAGUCAGUGACUGAUUGUUCAGGUUUGGCAUUUUCAUUGCUACCUGCCUGCAGAAUUAAUGCCCUUUUCCUUGUCUGAGAUAUUACUGUGUUAAGACUCCUGUUAAUUAUAAGUAGUUCAAAAUGGACAGACUGUCAACUUGAAGUUUACUUAUGUAAAAAGCUUAGGUGAUUCUUAAGGUUUCCAUGUUCAUAGCUUUGCAAACUUUUAUAAAAAUAAAAUAUUGCAACCAAAUAGAGC